AUGAAGACACGAGGUGGCAAGACCAGAGCUCAUGGAUCCAGAUCUGGAGCAGGACCUGCAGGUGUUUCAGCAAAUAAGAUGAAGAAAAAGGCCUCCCAUAAAAACCAUCUGAGCAACGUGGGACCGAGUAAACCUGUUCCACAGCCUCAAACAAAUAUUGUUGGCCAUACAAUACAACAUGGAUGGAAAGAAGACAGCGGGCUGAUAACUCAGUGCAACGGAACUGUUCUUGAUCAAGUGUUGGUGUGCCCCUCACUAUAUCUUAUAAAAUAUGAUGGCUCUGAUAACAUCUACGGAGUAGAACUAUAUAAAGAUGAAAGAGUGUUAGAUCUCAAAGUGCUUCCAGAGAGAGUUGCCCCUAUCCAAAUCAGCAAUGACAUCUUGGCAGAUUCCAUGGUUGGUAAAGCAGUGGGACAUGUGUUUGAAACAGAAGAUGGCUCCAAGUAUGAGCGUCUAGGAAUCGUUUUAGCACGAGCUCCCGUUAUGAAUUCGUGGUUUUUCAUAUCCUAUGAAAAUUACCCUUUCUUAUACAUGUACCAACUUGGAGACGACUACCAGCAGGGAGGUCUCCGCGUCAUACCAGACUGCCCUGCGGCUGAUUGUGAGCUUGGAGAAGUUGUGGAAAGUCUAGUAGGAACUCAACUGGAUUUUUUUGGAGAAGAUGGCUCGAAAAAGAUUGGCAUGGUAAUUCAACAAGUGGAAGCCAAGCCCUCUGUCUGUUUCAUAAAAUUUGAUGGUGAUCUUCAAAUUUACGUCUAUAAUCUGCUGAAGACAAAGACCUCUUAG